GAAAUGGUAGCGAAUCGACGCUGAAUAGAAGCCCGAGAUUCAUUGACACUGGUUUCAGUAGUACACAGUGCUUUGGAAACAAUGGCAGCAUUUCUGUCGUUGUUUGUUGUGUGCCUCGGAAUUGCUGCCCUUGGACGUGUGGCUGAAGGCGUAGUGGGCGGCACCCCUCUUGAACCUGGUCAGUGGCCGUUCCUCGUGUCCCUCCACUUCAAGCCUGACCACCCGUUCACAAACAAGACUCGCCAGAGACAUCUCUGUACCGGCACCCUCAUCCGACCGCAGUGGGUCCUAACUGCCGGACAUUGCUUCGAUGGAGAAGAAUGGGACGGACUGGAGAAGAAGAGCAACUGGAUCGUCAUGAUCGGCGAACACAACCAGUACAAGAACGAGGGGACAGAACAACGGAUGAGGAUCAGGAAGGUCUUCAGACACAGGAACUACACAGCGCGCCCCCUCCUACGGGAUCUGACCCUCCUGAAGUUGAAGCGUCCGGCGGUCCUCUCCCGGCACGUCCAGCCUAUUGCCCUGGAUACCGAGGGAAGGUGCACGGAAGUAGGAGCCAAUGUGUCCGUGGCAGGCUGGGGGCAGAUAUCAUACAGGCCUCUCGGUUGGAGCAUGUACAUUCCACUCAGGGUGAACAUCACGGUCAUUGAACAGGACCGGUGUAGUACAGGAUAUGCUACCGUACCAGACGAUGACCCGGACAAAGCUUUCUACGCCCCAGAGGAAGACUCGGUUAUCUGUGCAGGCAGCCCCUCGGGAGGCCGGGAUGCAUGUUUGGGUGAUUCUGGUGGACCUCUGGCGUGUUACUAUGACAACGAGUGGCACGAGGGAGCUGUGGUCUCCACUGGCUACAACUGUGGCAAAGCGGAGUACCCAGGGUUGUACACUAAACUCACCUCGUACCUGGACUGGAUCGAACACACUAUAGACAGACAUUAGGACCCUGUCCUACUCAGCUAACUAUGGCAUCUGCAGGGAAGCUGGACACUCGCAUGCUUGCAGUCAAAGUCAUUUGAUUCAAAUCGUCAAAAUUUCAUUUCAUAUGCUUCUAAAUAAAAUGCCAUGGUACAGAU